AUGCGUGAACCUUUGGACCAAAGUAUAGGUCUUUCUUACGCACUGAUAGCCGACGGAAAGGCUUAUAUCAUAACAAACGAUGAAUACAAUCAGAAGACUGUUCCCAAUAAACCCAUUCCUAUUCCUCCGGAAUUUCAAACUAUAAACGGAAUAUUGCUUUUCGACAAUAGAAGUUGCGAUCCAAACGACUACAGACUUAUGGCUUAUAACGUGACACAAAACGCACAAAACCAGAUCUGGGAAUGGCAUACAUUCUUGAAUCUGAUUAACUGGACUCCCAAUACAGUGUGGACAACACCGCCGAUCAUAUAUCUGCCCGAAUACCUGUCUAACGACCCCUAUAUGAAUCACUAUCCCUUCACAUUUACCAUGUUUUGGCACAAAAGGCGAACCUUAUUCCUCAUCCAAAUGCCUGUGAGUGGAGCACCGGUUCAGCCAAAUACUUAUCACGCGAUUAUAGGGCCCCAGACUUGUACUAAAAAGUAUCGAUAUAACCAUGAUCGCAAUUUUAAAAUUACUCAAGUUCUUAAACCGUAUGAAGACUUUGAUUCCUGUUUUAUUGAAAACGAUACGCAAAUUAUCUGUUUUGGCCCAAAAGGGUUCAGUACUUAUGACAUCGAUUUGAUUCAAACCAAUAACGGACAAAUAAGGGUUGAAAAUCACACUAAAACUCCGCCAAACAUACCAUUAGUGGAUAUUAUUCAACAAAUUUGUUCAGUGUCUACGACCGCAUCAAUCAACACAACUCCAGUCAAUAUAUCCAUUCCUAUAGCGAUAACAACUGAAUUGAGUCAAACCACUGAAGAAACGGCGAGUGUUGCAGCGGAUCCGACCGAAGACGACGGAUCGCCUCUAUUUUGGACCAUUUUAGCCAUAAUAUUAGCAUUAAUAGUGGUUUUCUUGUUUGCAUUCCUCUUGUGUUCACUCUUAAGGAAAAGUAAAGACAAAAAUGAUGAGCGAAGUGAAGAUGAGUUCAGUAAAAGUGGUUCCAAGAGUGGGGUCGACAACAAGUCUAGCCUUUCAAUGCGUUCGCAAUUUAAUGAUCAAAAUAAACGAAACGCUUUGAAUGAAAGUACUAUCGAUUCUCAGUCGCCGAUCAGAUCCCAAACAAAU